AAGAGUAUGUUUUCCGGAUAAGUGGUAUUACAAAUUAGCACUCUGGCAUUGCUGCUUCGUUAGCCUGCUUCUUUUUCAUUUGGUUGGAGUAUUGUUGUUUGCCAGGACAGAAGCUUGCUUCACCAUACUCAAUCACCCCAAACUUAAUGUUAAACUAGAGCAGCAAAAAUGGCGAUGCGGCACCUUAGGCGUAUCCAAGAGCAAGUACAGCAGAGUAAGGAACCAGCCAGGCAAGCGGAAGAUGAAUCGGAGGAAGAGCAAGAGGAAGUGGACGCUGCGGGUGGCGGGAGGCCUCCCUUUAACCCGUUCGAUCUGCUGAGCGAUGAGGACGAGCCGUCACCUGAGGCAGAAGCUUCCGGGCAGGAAGGUGAUGGGCAAUCCGAUGGAGAAGCAACCGCAGAAAAGCAAAGGCCGAAACAGCAGGAGCAGGAACAGCCAACAGCGAAGCCUGCGGCGGCAAGCAAAAAAGCUGCAAAGAAGAAAAAGAAGAAGGCCAAGCCUGGGAAGCAACAGGCGGAGGCCGAAAGCGACGACGAGGAGGGCCCUGCUCCCGCCAGAGGCAAGGCCAAAGCCAGCGCAGCAGUAAGAAGUGUCGAGGAGGACAUCGACGCCAUUGUACGGGAACUGAACCUAACCACGGUUGGACCGCGUUCGGCUGCAGCUGCCAGCUCCUCCUCCCCGGGCGGAGCCGCUCGGACCUCCUCCUCCGCCCCCUCAGUGCUGUGUGUGGACGUGAAGGGGCUUCGGGGCGAUGAGGAGCUCCGUCGCAUCUUCGGUUCCGACGUGGUGGCCGCAGUGGACCGCGAGGACAGGG